UUCACCCGUGGAGCAGAGGAGCGCAGCAUUGCGCAGAGCAUGCAGCCGAAACUACACCUGAUUCACUGCGCUGCUGAAGUUUUUGGAUCUGAAGUGACUUCUUCUUCUUCUUCUUCUUCUUCCUCGGCAGAAAAUAGUUUCAACACCAAUAGCUGCUCUUCGAUAUUCAACUAGUUCGGAGCUAAAUGACAAGUAGGCAGCGAAACAGAAGCACUCAGUGAAACUCGGUGCACGAUGGAGGGAAAUAAGGGAUUACUUCGCUGUAAGAUUGUGGUGGUGGGCGAUACGGAGUGUGGAAAGACGACUCUCCUCCACGUUUUUGCCAAAGACUCGUACCCGGAGAAUUAUGUUCCCACCGUGUUCGAGAAUUACACAGCCAGCUUCGAGAUCGAGAAACAGAGGAUCGAGCUCAACAUGUGGGACACAUCAGGUUCAACCUACUACGACAACGUGCGGCCGUUAGCGUAUCCUGAUUCAGACGCCGUCCUCAUCUGCUUUGACAUCAGCCGUCCGGAAACUCUGGACAGCGUGCUGAAAAAGUGGCAGGGGGAGACGCAGGAGUUCUGUCCCAGUGCCAAAGUGGUGCUGGUCGGCUGCAAGUUGGACAUGAGGACGGACCUCAACGUCAUGAGAGAGCUUUCCAAACACAGACUCAUUCCCGUCACACAUGAACAGGGAACUACUUUGGCGAGGCAGAUCGGUGCCGUGGCCUACACAGAGUGCACCUCAAAGUAUUCGGAGAACAGCGUCCGUGACGUUUUCCACGUCACCACCCUUGCAACUGUGUCCCGUAUCAAUCGGCCUCAGCUCAAACGCGCUGGCUCACGCCGCGGACUCAAGCGGGUUUCCCAGCAGCCGCCCCGGACUGAGAUUCAUGAGCACCCACCUGCCAAUAGAAAGGACCGGGCCAAAAGCUGCGUGCUCAUGUAGGACCAGAGUCUAACCAGCUGCCUGACCUGUGUGUGCUGAUGGACAUGAAACCAGGCUGCACAUGAACUUAAUUUAUUGGUAAAUUCUUGUCAGAUCUUUGCACUGCAUAAAGGACAAUAUGAUAAAAACAAGAACCUAUGCUACCCUGUGGAGUUCUUUGCGGAAUUGUUUGUCUAUCUUUAGCAAAACUCUCCUUGUUAUUUUUCUCUGUGGCUGUGUUCUCAUCUGGGGAGGUCAUUGUUGUGGCAAAAGCAGUUUUUCUUUAAAGCUUUUACUCAAAUAAGUGGAUACAAUUGGUCAUGGACACAAACAGGCUGGUAAGCAAGUGAAACAAGGACAGAAAAGUAGCGAGCAUGGAGAUGAAAGUGAAAAAAUAAUAUUAGGAAAGAUCACCGUGCAGGUACCAGCAUUAACAGUGCUCGUCUUGCCCUCUGUUGUGUUGUUUCCUGUUUUGAAAUACUAUUCUCUCUUUAAGCGUUUAAGUAAAUGAAGCACAAUACGAUGCACGCAAACCUUUCCGAGUUAUUCGUAAAUGUCAGGGAAUUAACUCUGCUGUUCCAUUUCAUACAACAAGUUUAAAGUCUGGACAGAAUGGAAAACUUGUGGGCUGAGAUGAAACUCAUUUUCUUAAACCACAAGUGCUUUUAAUAUUGAAAACUAAAUAAUCACUCACCACAUAAGACUGAAGUGUUGUGAAAUUAAUAUUGAUCUAAUAAUCCACACUGGGAAGGAAAGUCACAGAGGAAGUAAAUGCGGUGAAUGUUAUGUUGUACAUGUGAUAAUGAAAUAAAAAAAACUUGCU